UCUUUCUACUGCCAGAUGCUACUCAGGUGUUGGAAAAAGCAGAGGAAAACAGAUCAUUUCCCUGACAAUGUUUGGCUGUGUUUCCCAUGGUGUCAUUGAACAUGAGCUGAACCACAUGCUGGGCUUCUUCCACGAGCACACGAGGAGUGACCGCGAGCAGCAUGUCAAGAUAAACUGGGAGAACAUUCUAGAAAAAGGCUCUUUGUUUUCUGACAUUAAUGGACUCUUGUACUGCGUCUGUCACAAAAAUGCUUUCUCAAGCAAUGGGAAGGACGCGAUCACCCCCAUACCGGACGCCUCUGUGCAGAUCGGCCAGAGAGUGGAGCUGUCUGCAAUCGACAUCAUGAGGAUUAACAAGCUGUACAACUGCAGUGAGUGAUGCCACCAUAUUGUACUGUUUUUAUUGUACAUUUUACUUUUUGUUACACUGCUGGUGUCACAGAACUAACGUUUUACUUUUUUGAUGAU